CUCUAUGGCAUCUCUCUCUCUAUGGCAUCUCUCUCUCUGGCUUCUCUCUCUCUGGCAUUUCUCUCUCUCUGGCAUUUCUCUCUCUCUGGCUUCUCGCUCUCUCUCUGGCAUUUCUCUCUCUCUGGCUUCUCGCUCUCUCUCUGGCAUUUCUCUCUCUCUCUCUCUCCGGCAUCUCUCUCUCUGUGUAUUAUUGAGUAAUACCAUUGUAACAUGUACGUUGUAGUAAAUCAUUUCUGUACAAUAAUGUGCUACAGGAGGCACUGUAAGACGGCGUGUUGUUCUAGUUGUCUGAUUGGUCUGCUGUGUGUGUCACUCAGGGCAAGAACGUGACGAUUGGUCAGAUGGGUUGGUUCCCCUGCAGUAAGGUCCAGCCCUUCAUCUCUAGACCAACUCCCGACCUAUCCGACUUCCUAUGGUUUGCGGGGAACAUGGACCGGUCAGCGGCGAAGAACCUCCUGAUUUCACGGUCGGACGGAACGUUUCUGGUCCGCCAGAAAGACGGAGGAGAGUUCGCAAUCAGCCUCAAGUUUAACAUGGACAUCAGACACAUCAAGAUCACGUCAACAGAAGGCCUCUACCGCAUCAACGAGAAGAAAGCAUUCAAAGGGUUAAUUGAGAUGGUUCAGUUCUACCAGCAACAUUCAUUGAAGGAGUAUUUUAAGGAUGUGGACACCACCCUCCAGACCCCCUUCAACCAGCCUGAACAGAGUGGUACACCCUUCAACACACCCUCCCCAGGUACACAAACACACACCACCCUCCAGACCCCCUUCAACCAGCCUGAACAGAGUGGUACACCCUUCAACACACCCUGCCCAGGUACACAAACACACACCACCCUCCAGACCCCCUUCAACCAGCCUGAACAGAGUGGUACACCCUUCAACACACCCUCCCCAGGUACACAAACACACACCACCCUCCAGACCCCCUUCAACCAGCCUGAACAGAGUGGUACACCCUUCAACACACCCUGCCCAGGUACACAAACACACACCACCCUCCAGACCCCCUUCAACCAGCCUGAACAGAGUGGUACACCCUUCAACACACCCUCCCCAGGUACACAAACACACACCACCCUCCAGACCCCCUUCAACCAGCCUGAACAGAGUGGUACACCCUUCAACACACCCUCCCCAGCACGGGGCAGCACCAUUGAGGACUUCCACCAUUUCAAUGUAGUCAACUGGCUGGGACUUCCAACUUCAUUGGCUGAUCCCUACUGGUGA